UAGUUUAGUCCCAUACAACUUGCAUUCGAUAUAAGUUUGUAGCUGGCCGUCUGAUGUCACAUCGGUGUCGUCAGGGUUUUCUAAGAGUGUUUCACGCUGAUCGUCCCGGAAAGUGGUGUCUAUGUGGAGAGGUUUGGCUUGUUCCUCUAAUUUGGUAGAUGAAUAAUUAUCCUUUGCUUUGGGGGUAUCAUAUAGUCAUGUAGUUUUAGAAGUGCUUAUUUCUUGAUUUGGUGGUGGGUUAUUUGCAUGUUGAUUUUGGGUUGCUUUUGUUGUAUGUGCUACUGUGUAAGAUGUAUUUGUCCGGUUAUGAUUUUGAUGCGUUUCACCUUGAUUCUUACGAUCUCCAUCUCGUUUGUAAUUGUUCCCAUUCAAGCGAUCUCUGCCAUCAUAAUAUGCUCCUCUAUCCUGUUGUUUAUUAUUGUAAUAUUGAGAUUUAUUUCUAGAACUGUUUUCAAACGAUUGACCUCUGCUAGUAUUUUCAGGGUAUUUUUGAUAUCGAGUGUUUGCUCCGACAUUUGACAUUUGAUUCUCACCAUUAUAAUUUUUUCUGUAGCUGUUGCUAUUAUGAUGAGAAUGAUUGAAAUCUCCUGUACGGUCGUUUACCUGACUGGAUUCAGAAGUAACAGAUUGGAUACAGUGUAAAUGUUCCAUUAAUUCUUUGCAACUGGAAAUCGAAGAUACUGCUAGUGUCAUGCGAACAUUGUAAGGAAGCUUUUUUGUUAAUAUAUUUGCUAAUGAUGUAUCCGCCAAAGAUUCGUCUAGUUGCGAAUUCUUACACAUCAUCUUAGCUACAAAUUCAGUAUAUGACUGUCUGCCUCUAUUAUCAUAUGUGCACGAUAUGAUCUCUGAUAGUGCGUCCAUCUGCUUACGUUUGCUCCAAUACUGCUGCAGGAAUUGGGAGAUGAAGUCCUCCAGGCUAUUGAUGUCUCGCAUCCGGCUCUGGAAAAACAUCAGUGGCUCGCCGAGUAAUAGACUGGACAGUUGGAAACGCCAUACUAACCAAGAGGUUGGUGGCGGCUGGCGGUUGACUGGUCACGUCGGAUGGCGACUGGGUGGCGGCACUCUCCGUUCCUUUGGCGAUGCUUGGAGCGAUCUGCGAAGACGCCGGUACCGGGUUGGACGCCCUCACUCCCUCAUCUCCCUCAGCCGGACUCUCAUCGGAAUUAAUCGCAUCGACGACGUUAUCAAUCUUCGUAGAAGACAAUUGGGCCAAGUUUUGCGGGUCGAAACUGAUGGAGCAUAUGCUGCCUCCCUCUCUCUCUCGUGGGGUCUCCGCGACAUUGUCCUGUGGUUGUUGAUUGGCCGGUGUCGUAGCUACAUAGUUUUGGGGGUGGUCGCUGAAGUAGGAGAUUUGCGAGUUAGCUGGUGACUGGUUCAUGGUGACGUUAUUAUGGAAUACUUCGAGUAAAUAGCAAAGUGUGUUGCCAAGU